AUGUCAAAGGCUUUUGACUCGGUGAGGAGAGUGGUUCUCUUUGAGGAUCUUAAAGAGAUACUAGAGCAAGACGAACUCCACUUACUGGCAAUCUUGCUUAGAGACGUUCGAUUGCAAAAGAUCACCAAUAAAGAACUGUACAGGAGAACCAACGAGAUCCCUUGGAGUACUGCCAUCACCCGAAGACGUCUUAGGUGGACAGGCCAUCUCCUGAGACUACCCGAGGAAGCUCCUGCCAAGCAAGCACUUCUAGACGCAAUCCGCAAGAACAAGCUACCAAUAGGGGGACAACGAACCACGUGGCUGAAGAGAGUAAACAAGGACCUGACAACCACGGGGGUCAACAUCAAGGAUCGAUGCACGUGGCACGUGGCAUCAGACAGAGAACAGUGGAGAACACUUACAGAGUGCGCGAUGUCAGAUCAACUUGACGCAAGCGCCUAG